AUGGCCGACUCAGAGAACAGACCUGAUGAGGAUUAUCCUUCCACGCCAACAGAAUGGGAAGAGAAAAGCCUUAGACGUGUUUGCGACAAGAUCCCCUGGACAAUAUUCCUAGUAGCUGUGGCUGAGCUGGCCGAGCGUUUCACCUACCGGUGCAUCACGGCUCCUAUGCAGAACUAUAUCGAAAAUGCUUAUAAUGAUCCACUCCGGCGAGGAGCUUUGGGCAAGAGUCGCGAGUGUGGGGUUCUGAUUCUUUUCGUCACCUCCUUCCCUACCAGUAUCAAGCACGGCGCCGGUUUACCGGGUCUCAUCGUUGCAUUGAUAUUGAUUGGUUUAGGCUUUGGAGGUAUCAAAAGCAAUGUUGCUCCUCUCAUCGCCGAUCAGUCGAAUCGCUGCCGGCUACCUGGCUAUGGCAUGUGCCAUUGGAUAUGCUGCGGUGAUCCAAGACUCAUCUUUCUGCAAGUCCCCUUCCACGCCAUGACCGCCCUCUCCGAAGUCUUUGCCUACGUGGCCGGCAUGGAAUACGCAUACACCAAAUCUCCCAAGUCUAUGCGUAGCAUCGCAUCAUCUCUGUUCCUCGUCACCUGUAGUGUCGGAUCACUACUUGGCAUUGCACUCUCUCCAGUCUCUAAGGACCCAAAGGUUCUUGUGGAAUACGCCUCGUUGAGCGGUGCUAUGCUAGUAACGGCCAUUGUGUUCCUCCUCGUCUUCAGAAAGUACAACAAGACAGAGGAGAAAAUGAAAAUGCUGAAUAGCGAGUCGAGUGAAAUGGUGCAGCAGACUCGGACAGCCGAGCAAGCUGAGAAGAAUGUGUUGAGUACUGAAAAUCGGUAG